AUGAUCCACGAGCUCUUGCUGGCUUUGAGUGGCUAUCCGGGGACAAUCUUUACGUGGAAUAAACGAACGGGUUUGCAGGUGUCCCAGGACCUGCCGUUCCUGCAUCCCAGUGAGACCAGUGUCCUGAACCGACUCUGCAAACUGGGCUCAGAUUACAUCCGCUUCACAGAGUUCAUAGAGCAACACACCGGCCAUGUCCAUCAGCAGGAACAUCACACAAGCCAGCCCAGCCAGACGGGACUCCAUGGGAUCUACUUGCGGGCGUUUUGCACGGGGCUGGACUCCAUGUUGCAGCCGUACAGACAGGCCCUGCUGGACCUGGAGCGGGAGUUCCUCGGAGAUCCACAUCUGACCAUAUCGCAUGUGAAUUACAAGCUUGAUCAGUUUCAGCUGCUGUUCCCCUCCGUCAUGGUGGUGGUGGAAACGAUCAAGUCCCAGAAGAUCCACGGCUGCCAGAUCCUGGAGACGGUGUACAAGCACAGCUGUGGGGGGCUGCCUCCGCUGGCGGCCUGGAUGCUGCACGGCCUGCUGCUGGACCAGAGCGAGGAGUUCUUCGUGAAGCAGGGCCCCAGCGCAGGGGGGGCCGCCGCCAACCAGGAGGAGGAGGAGGAGGACCUGGGCCUGGGGGGCCUGAGCGGGAAGCAGCUCAGAGAGCUGCAGGACCUGAGGCUGGUGGAGGAGGAGAACAUGCUGGCCCCCUCCCUGCAGCAGUUCUCUCUCAGAGCAGAGAUGCUCCCCUCCUACAUCCCCGUCCGCGUGGCUGAGAAGAUCCUGUUCGUGGGGGAGUCUGUGCAGAUGUUCGAGAACCACAACCACAGCCCGUCCAGAGCCGGCUCCAUCCUGAAGCACCAGGAGGACGCGUUCGCCGCCGAGCUGCACCGGCUCAAACAGCAGCCGCUCUUCAGCCUGGUGGACUUCGAGAACCUCAUAGACCGCAUCAGGAGCACUGUGGCCGAGCACCUGUGGACGCUGAUGGUGGAGGAGGCCGACCUGCUGGAGCAGCUGAAGGUUGGCCCCGCCCCCUGUCUCAGGCCCCGCCCCCUGGCCUUAUGCCCCGCCCACUCA